AUGCACGCAGACAGUGUGGAUUGGAUGUUGAUGGGAUUAGGGUUAAUCGGAGCCGUAGGUGAUGGCUGCAUAACUCCAACUGUAUUUUUAAUCGUCGCCUUACUACUCAACGACCUUGGUGGUUCCUCAUUCGGUGAUGAAUCCUUCAUGCAAUCCAUCUCAGAGAAAGCUAGAGCUUUGCUUUAUGUCGCUUGUGCAGCUUGGGUGAUUUGUUUCAUUGAAGCAUAUUGCUGGACAAGAACAGGGGAGAGACAAGCAUCAAAAAUGAGACAGAGGUACUUAAGAGCAGUGUUAAGACAAGAUGUGGGUUACUUUGACCUUAAUGUCUCAAGCACUUCCGAUGUUAUCACAAGUGUCUCUAGUGACAGCCUCGUGAUCCAAGACGUUCUCAGUGAAAAGCUACAUCGUGAGUUUCAUCAUGAUGUGGAGACUCACAAUCGUAGGCUUACCUUUCAUCGUCCUCCUUUUGAUCCCUGGACUGAUGUACGGAAGAGUCUCUCAUCAACGUCUCCAGGAAAAUACGUGAAGAGUACAAUGAGGCUGGUUCUGUUGCCGAGCAAGCCAUCUCACUUGUGA